UAAGUUUCAAAUUUCUGAUUGGUUUUGCAGUAAACUUUUUUUAGGAGUGUACAUUUAUGAGAAGCGUUUGAAGGAUGUGGUGCUGAAGAAUAAGUUGCAGCCAUUUAAUGGCAGCAUACAACACGCGAUCUAAUAAAGGUGAAUUGAAGAUUGCUAAGGGAGGAAAUGACUCAAUAAGGGAUUGGCAAUAUGGGAGCUGUAAGCAUUCCGAGAUUAUCUGCCCUCUUGACGCUGAAUGCAACCAACCACAAGCAAUGGAUUGAAAAUAUCACGAUGAACUUGACCUUCAUGAAAAUGGACUUGGCCUUGAGAAUUGAUGAACCAUCUAAGCCUGCUGAUGAUGCUACUGAGAAGGAUAAGAAAUUUUACGAGGAUUGGGAACACUCCAAUCGUUGUUGCUUAAUGCUUAUGAGAUAUCACAUGGACGAAUCCAUUCAUGAUAGUAUUCCCAAGUCUGAAAAUGCAAAGGAUUUUCUUACUGCCAUUAAGGAAAAGUAUAAGAAAUUCUCAAAGAAUGAGAAGAAUGAACACUUGAACAUGCUACAUCAUACUAUUUAUGAUGGUUCAGGUGACAUUAGGGCUCACAUUGACAAGCUCAUGGGCCACUAUCAUAAACUUAAGGCCAUGGAUAUGGACCUUGGUGAGGAUUACAUGGUGUGGUUGGUGAUGGAGAACAUUCCAUCUCAGUUUGAUUCAAUCAGAUCAAGCUACAAUGCUCAGAAGGAGCAAUGAACUGUUGGAGAGAUGUCUGCUAUUCUUGCCAAGGAAGAGGAGGACAUGAGAAAGGGAAGGGCAAGAAGUAUCUCCAUGGUGACAAAUCCCAAUAAUUCUCACAAGAGAACGUUCACUCCUAGUAACUCUAGUGACCAAAAGCAUCAUAAGAAGAAAACAGUUAGUUCUAAAGGGAGUGGACAGUCAGUCUCAUCUUCUAUUGGUCAUAAGAAUGAGUUUUUCAAGGGAAAAUGCAACUUUUUUCAAAACUUUGGGCACAAGAAAGCUUAUUGUCGAAAGCUCAAAGCUCACGUAGAAAAGAAAGGCAGUGACAAGUCGAAGAAGACCGAGUAGUUUGGAGCAGCAUGUGUACAUGGGAGACGAUACAAAAGUCAAAGUUGAAUUUUUGGGGACAGUCAGAUUACAAUUGAAUACAGGACACUUCUUGGAAUUACAGGAUGUUGCUUACAUACCCUGUAUUAGGAGGAAUUUGAUUUCUGUAUCUAUUCUGGAUAGACUGGGUUAUAGUCUUCAUUUUGGAACUGGAAAACUUAAUUUGUAUCGUGACUCUCUUUUGGUUGGCAAUGGAAUUUUAUGUGGAAACUUAUAUAAACUUGUUUCGCAUGAUGUUAGUCCUAUUGUUUCUACUUCUCUUAAUACUGUUGUUGGUUCUAAACGUGCAAGGUUAGAUUUAAAAUCUUCUAUGUUGUGGCACAAACGUUUAGGCCAUAUCUCUAAAGAUAGAAUGCAAAGGUUGGUGAAAGAUGGGGUUCUUCAAGAUCUAGAUUUUUCAGAUUUUACUGCCUG